AUGAGCCAUGAUCUAUUUGAUGAUGAAGUACUUACUGCAAAAUAUCGUCUUCAUAGACCUAACUAUCCAAAAAAAGUAUAUGAACAUAUUGUUGAUUAUUAUUAUACUGGAAAAAUUGUAAAUGAAAAAAUUCCACUAGCACUCGAUGUUGGCUGUGGAAGUGGUCAGGCAACUGCAGAUCUUGGUUUAUUUUGUGAACAUGUUAUUGGUAUUGAUGUUAGUCCAAAUCAAAUAUUUCAUGCAAUAGAAAAAGACAAUAUUGAAUAUAAACAUCAUACAGCUGAAGAUUUAUCAUUUCUUGAAUCAAAUUCAGUUGAUUUAAUUACAGCUGCUACAACAUUACAUUGGCUUGAUAUAGAAAUAUUUCUUGAUGAAGCUAAACGUGUACUUAAGCCACAUACAGGUGUACUUGCAGUAUGGACAUAUGCAUUAGGUACUUUAGACAAUCCUAUAGCUGAUGCUAUUUAUCAUGAAUUUAGUCAUGUUUUAUUAUUUUCUUAUUGGAAUAUAAAACGAUGGUUAGCUGAUGAUUAUUAUGAAUCACUUGUACCACUUUUACCAUAUAAAACAACAUUACGUCAAUUUACAAUUGAGCAGCGAACAGAAAUAACACUUGGACAUUUUCUUGGUUUUAUUGAAUCAUUAUCUGCUUGUCAAACAUAUAGAAAACAAAAUGGUGAACAAGCAUAUCAAAAUAUCUUAUCUACAUUACGUUAUAAAUUAAUUCAAUGUUAUGUUAAAACAAAACUUAGAAAUUCAAAUGAUGAAACAGUAGAUUUUGAUUCAAUUAAAAUGAUUGUUUCAAGUCCAAUUCGACUUUAUUUAAUGAAAAAAAAUCAGAUGUAA